AUGAGUUGCCACGUUUGCAACCGUACCUUGACACAACAUAGACAACUCUUUUGCCCUACCUGCGCCCGCAAUCGCCUUUAUCAUCUGCGCCAUGAAAAUGUUCGGAUUCUUCUCGAAAGGGAGUCUAUAUCGUGCCAAAUCCAGAAUGCAGUCACACUUAACAGCGCUCGAAGCCUAUCCUUCGGUCAACACGACAAGCUAGAAACCAAGUUUGAAGAUAGGCAGUACAGAUCCUGGACCAUUCAAAAUAUCAUCGAUGAGAAGACCAAGUCAUCCGCCAGGACUAAGAGCCUUACAAAUCGGAUCGAGAGACUGAGGCUAGAAAUCAAGGACAGACGGCUAGACAUUUCCCAUCGCAGACUGGAGUUAGCCCAACAAAAGUCGGAUGCCGAGUCUGCUAACUAUCAACUUGCGGAACGGGAAGCUACGAUGUUGGCUGGGAUCCAAAAUAGCACCAAAAGAACGGAUCAUCUCUGGCACUCGCUACAUAGCAAGACCGCGGAGGCCCGAAUUUUUCUAUGCCGAGAAGCCGCCAACCUGUACGGUCUACGCCAAAAGGUCAAGAAGAGAGAUGGUGAACUCAAAGAGACUUAUUAUAUCGGCGGGGUACCCAUUAUGAACCUAAAGGAUAUGAAUGGAAAGUUAUCUUGA